UUUAAGUUAAUCUGCAAAAUGAAGUUCCGCGAAAGUAAACCUGGGUAGUUGAAUCGUCUUCGAUACGUAAUCUAAAUCUAGUAUGUAAAAUUACACUUCAAUGGUAAUAAGAUGCUUUGCUCCAAAAUAUUGCAAAGAAAUUGCAACGCUACCUCCGUCAGUUUCAUUUUGAAGGCUAAGUACUCACGACGCAGUCAAAAGAAUACAAGUACAUACAAGGUCGUUAAAUCCAACAACGAACCGCUCGAAGAUGUGGAAAACACUGUAUUUGGGGCAAAUCCCAACUGGGAGUUAUUGGCGCCAAGGGGCUUCCGAUUUUAUUUACCUGGCAGUGUUGGUCCUGGCUGGUUAGAUGCUUCGACAACAGCUCAGGUGGAAACGCGUUCAAUAGUGUUAGAUGAUGAGAAUAGCAUUGAGAAUUUGAUGGAAGCAGCCAAUACUUUUCCGCAACACUCAGAUACGUAUGAAUCUGUACCGAAAAAAUCUGACGAUACUUUACUUGAAUCUAGUCGACCCGUUUUACAUUGUGUGGCUCAAGAAUGCCCAGUAUUGUUAAGAAAAGGUAUAACCGAGUUAUUCCCCGGAUGUAUGGAGAUAAACUCGCCACAGUUAACGAUAAUGACCAUCAGUCAAAAACCAAAUCUUGAAACAAUGAGGUGGAGCAAAGAAGUUGAAACUGAAAAGUUAGCGAAAUAUUUCCUUCUUGCAGCGUCUGAUAUCUGUACUAAGCUCAAAAUGGUUGGCUACUGGGCUGAUUUUAUAAAUCCAUUCAGUGGACAGCCGUUCUUGAACCCGCAUAAAAAUGGUACUCUUUAUAAAACAGAUGAGCGUUUCAGAUGCCUUGGAUUUAAAAUUGAACAGAAAAGAUUCUGCAAGGUCAUCUCAAUUGACAGUGAUCAAACGAAUUUUAUCGGGAGUCUUUAUACAACGGCACCCCCCAGCACGGAGUUUUUAAAGGAACUUGUGAAUGAUCUAAACGAGCAAUGACAUGUCUCAAGUCGUGUUAGCAGAAAUUGUCAAUUCAAUGUCGCUGAUUAGUUGUUGAAUUAAGAUAAACAGAAAGAGAAGAAAAAUUCGUUUUCCGUUAUACCAACUAGUGUUGAUUAAUUUUAUUGACUUCUUAUUACCGGUUCAAUUCAUACUUAUGUUCGUAUGAAGUAAAACGUAGUUAAAAAACAACCUACAAUUAAAGGCAGCCUACUAGCCGAAAAUUGACUAAUAGAUAAUGAUAUCUGAUUGUGAAGCUAAGACAUUUAGGGCAGAGACGUGCAGUACCGAUCAGCCUUUGGUAUCGACUAAAGUUGUUGGGUCUGUCAGAGGGAAGCGACAACUAGCUUUGACCGAUACUGUAGGCUGGUCGGUACUGCGUGACUCUUCCCUAUUCCAACGGAUACCUUGAAUCGAAAUCAGAGUAUGUACGUAUGUAUCUUCACGUUAAAUUAGGAACGUUUUCAAUAAGCAUUGAAAGAACUAAACUAUACAGUUUUUCGAAUAAACAUUAAAUUCGAAGAUUAGUGAAAAAUAUGUACUACAGGAUUGUUUAAUGAAAAUAAAUUCGCUGGAUUACGAAUUUUAAA